CUCCGCACACCCUCCUCCUCCUCCCCCUCCCUCUCUGCGCUGCCGGGCAGCGGGCCAAGAAUUCCUCCAGCAGCCAAUCAGGGAGCAGAGAAGGACGCAGAGGGGCGGGGCUUAUUCGGUUCCCAUUUUUUUUCCUCCGCUUUCGAGCCCGAGAAUUCGGGAGUGGGGCGAGUGACGUAGCGAUAGUUUCACGGGAUCGUGGACGCACGGCAACAACAAGACACCGUGCGAGGGGCCUGAUCCCGCCGUGUACCCGGGGACCCUGCAGUGCCCGCUGACGGGAGGAGCAGCCUGUGCCAGGUUAGAUCCCGGGCGGUGCCAGCAAGAUGGUGUCGUGGAUCAUCUGUAAGGCCGUCGUGCUGGUGUUUGGUAUUCUGUAUCCAGCUUACAAUUCCUACAAGGCUGUGAAGACGAAGAAUGUGAAAGAAUAUGUACGCUGGAUGAUGUAUUGGAUUGUUUUUGCCCUUUACACUGUGACUGAAACAUUAGCAGAUUUAACAAUAUCCUGGUUUCCUUUGUAUUAUGAGUUGAAGAUUGGUUUUGUAGUCUGGUUGUUAUCUCCAUAUACAAGAGGUGCUAGCUUAUUGUACCGAAAGUUUUUGCAUCCUCUACUUUCCAAAAAAGAAAAGGAGAUUGAUGACUAUAUUGUUCAAGCCAAAGAAAAGGGCUAUGAAACCAUGGUGAACUUUGGCAAGCAAGGCUUGAAUCUUGCUGCUACCGCUGCUGUGACGGCCGCUGUGAAGGGUCAAGGGGCGAUUACGGAACGGCUAAGAAGUUUCAGUAUGCAUGACUUGACAGCAAUACAAGGUGAUGAGACUGUCGACAACAGACUGUACAAAUCUUUUUCUGAUACCCAAAAGAAACCUAAAAAUGUUGGCGAUGAAGGGCCUGGAUUCGGCUCAUCAAGAAAAGAUUCCGGAGAUGACAAAUCUGAUGAAGAAACUGAAGGGGCACACUCGGAAGAUGAAAUGUAUGCACAAAAGGGGCUUCGGAGAUCACAGAGCAUGAGAUCUGUAAAGGUCAUAAAAGGCCGCAAAGAGGUACGAUAUGGAUCACUGAAGUACAAAGUGAAGAAAAGACCCCAAGUUUACUUCUGAAGGGGCAUAAUGGAAUGCCCUGAACUGCUGUGCUACAAUCAUUUUCUAUGCUCCACGUGACGUACUAAGAUACUGUACACUUUAGAUGCAGUAUUAGACCCUAGGAAAUGAUAACAUUGUUAUCAGUAUUUAUUGUUGUGAACUUCUUUAUGUUCUGUGGAACGUUUUAUAUCUGUAACUUUAUAACCACUUCUGAUAUUUAGUACAGAGCUAGUGGUUUCUACUUAACACUUCUUAGUUAUGAGGUUGGGUGGAUCAGCAUCUGGAGCACUGGACCAUAUUUUUAAGGUUUUUAUUACAAUUUUAUGCAAUACGCAUGGUCUUAUGGAUAAAAAAAAAAUUCUAUGCACCAAGAUGCCUUACCAUAUCCUGACAAUUCUAUAAAAUGGAAGCUGCCUUUAAUUUUUUUCCAUGAUCCUGCAGUUUACAGUAUGAUCUAUUUUAAAGGGGUACUCUGCUGCUCAGCGUUUGGAACAAACUAUUCUGAACGUUGGACCCGGGAGCUCGUAACGUCAUAGCUCUGCCCCC